GAGGUUUUUCUUCUCUCGUUUUUUGGGCAUCAAGGCUUUUUUUUAGUUGUUUGAAACCACAAGUAAGAGGAGAAUCAAUGAGAUUAGAUAUGGAAUCAGGUAACUCAAAAUGUAUCUCCGAUGACAUCAAAAUAAAUUACAUGACCGUUGGGACUUAUUCCAUCGUCAAUCCUAACGAAGGCCACCAUCUUCCGCCUUCUCACAAACUCUUUGUCACUGUGUCAUCUCCUAAAGGGAAAAGCCAUCAUCAUGCAGAGAAUGUAGAGUCCGGGAAAUUCGUGUUCACGGCAGAUGAAACUGGCGAUUACAUGACGUGUUUUGUGGCUCCAGGCUAUAGACCUACUGCGAAAUUCGCGGUUGAUUUCGAAUGGAAAAGCGGUGUAGAGGCUAAAGAUUGGACCACUAUCGCCAAGAGAGGCCAAAUAACCAUGCUGGAGGUGGAGGUGAGGAAAUUACUCGACGUGACAGAAACUAUACAUGACGAAAUGUUUCAGCUCCGGGAGAGGGAACGGGAAAUGCAAGAGUUAAACCGAUCAACGAAUUCAAGAAUGGCCGCUCUGAGUUUACUGUCGUUUGUGGUAACAAUGUCGGUCGCCGGUUUACAACUAUGGCACCUCAAGUCAUUCUUGGAGAGGAAGAAGCUCCUCUGAUCAUACUUGUUGCUUUGAUUACUUUUAACAAAUGUUGGUGUUUUCGGUUUAGCUUCGUUUACUUACUUAACCAAUCAAUAGUCUUGAGUUUG